CGGUAAAACAUUCUGCCAUUUCCACGUCGGCCCGACACGUGAUGUCAACAAACCGGGUCCGUCAGCGUCUGCCGUCGGGGCGAAAUACAGCCUCAAUUUCUUUGCAGUCAGUCCCCAGCUCCGUGCAGACCAGCGACUGAGGAGGUCUUGCGGCAUGCUUCGAGCUCGCCCAGUCGACAUGUCACCCGCAGAUCGUCAGUCGAGUUCCAAACUCGCUGGUCCUGUCACAAAUUGCUUCGUUAUGUCUGAGAAGAGGCUUUUCUCCGGUCGUUAGCCAACCAUGUCUGUGGGGAACUGCUAUGCUGCCCCUCAUCGCGGUGUUGGUGCUACCUGUCGUCGCGCUCUGCAACUAUUUGCGCCUGAGGAGGAUUCCAGGACCGGUCUCUGCCGGGAUAUCGAGUCUCUGGGGUAUAUACAAUCGAAGGCGGCCUGGUUACGCUCGUGAAAUGGCCCGCCUCCAUCAAAGAUAUGGCCCUGUCGUGCGUACGGGUCCCAACGCCGUCAGUGUGUCUGAUCCGACCGCGGUGGCGACGAUUGUCGAUAGAGAGAGCUCAGAGGUUCGCCACGAGAUGUCUGUAGAUCGUCUUCCGGCAGCCCCUUUUCACCACCCUCAAGACACCGUCAUAUACGAGACGGCGAUCGACCAAUGCGUAGGGCCCCUUUUUGACUCCCUGAGACAGCAUCAGGCAGCUGGUCUGUCUGUGAUUUUCUCGACUUUCACGACAGAACUCGCGAACCGCUUGGCGCACAGUCCUCAUCUCUCGUACCGCACACAAAACGAUACCCAGCACCAACUGCGGCAUGCCAGUAGACAAAGGGCUUCGAGGGUCUUUGCGAUGGUCGAAUACUGGCUCUUAAAGAGCCCUACAGCGCAGCUGAAGCGCAAGAGAUACGGUGGUGCCCGGACCUGCAUCUGUCGAACAGCAGCCCCAGGCCUCGCACUAUCUUCGGCAGAUGAGCUGCCAGGCCCAGCCGCCGCAACGUACAACUCCGACGCAUCCCCUCUUACCUCAACGGUCCGCACUCUGCUGGACCACCCCUCGGUGGCCAUCCGCCUGCUCCACGAACUCGAUGUGGCUUACAUCCAAGGCCAUCUCUCUGAUCAGCCGCGCUGGGCGGAACUGAAUCAACUUCCCUAUCUCGAUGCUGUACUUAAAGAGUGCACCCGCUGUUUUGCCGAUGAAAAUAGAAUAUUAUCAGGCACGACAAUCCCUCGGGACGGUGUCAGUCUCUCAACCGGACACCACCUUCCGCAGGGCGCCACAGUCGAAUGCAGCGUGUAUCUCCUGCGGCACAACCAUGACCUGUUUGGACUAGACACCCACGCCUUUAACCCUGACCGUUGGCUUGUCGGCCGUUCCGAUCAACAACGGCUUCUGAACGACGCUUUCCGGGCUCUAUAUUGCAGCAUGUGGACAGACUUUGAGCGGCAGCUUGUCUGGCUGGUAUUGAAGAAGCUGAUUCCGGUAGUUGUGAGGGAGAUGGAAAUAAAUUAAGAUACAAAGUUCUCCAUUAAAUAAUAUGGUAACAGCAAUUGAACCUGGGCACGCGACCCUCAUGCCUCAGGCAGCAGGCCUCGUAUGCUGACUCAUUCACCGGGCCGACUGCCGACUAUCCAGAGGGGGGCGUCGGGCCGA